UGCACAUCUUCUUCUCUUCCCUUCAAUAUCUCUCUAUUUCCUAAGUUAGCACCAUGAUCAGUUCCAAGAAACUCAUCAAGUUGGCAAAACGAUGGCAGAAAUUUGCUGCCAUUCGAAGAAAGAGGAUUUCCUUUUCAAGAGAAAGUGAUGAUACAGAUAGCUGCAGUACUUCCACUCCAGUUAACAAGGGUCAUUUCGCUAUCUACACGGCUGAUCAGAAGCGAUUUGUUGUUCCUCUAUCUUAUCUCGAGAAUGAGAUUAUUAGGCAACUCUUAAACAUGUCAGAAGAAGAAUUUGGACUUCCAAGCGAUGGGCCUAUUACACUGCCAUGUGAUGCAGUCUUCAUGGACUACAUCAUUUCACUUCUUAGCCGAGGCUUAUCCAGAGAACUCGAGAAUGCAUUUCUAGUCUCAAUUACUUCACAUCGGUGUUCAUCAGCUCCACUACACCAAGAAGGGUGGAGAAAUCAGGAAUUGCUAGUUUGCUGAUAUUAAUUAAUCUCAAUAAAUUUUGUAAAUGUACGUACAAAAAACCAGUACAGCAAUACUUAAUUGAUAUCCAAUAUGUUCAGUAUUCUUCUUAGAAAAUUCAAAUAUAUUCAUUGCUAUAA